AGCAUCUUUCGGGGGGCGCGCAGAGAGAGAGGGAGAGCGAGAGAGAGAGACGGGAGGAGGAGGAGGAGGACGGAGAAAGCGAGAGAGAGAGAGGUCUGAGACACACUGGAUAAAGGCGACAAAAAGCACGAUGAUAAUGGAGUCGAGGCGGUGGAGGAUGUCGGAUUUACGAGAAAGGACUGUUGAAAUUUGACAGAGGGCUCGUGUUAAAGGCUGGUCUCCAUCUUUUUUUUUUUUUUUUUUUUUUUGGUUUUCCCUUUUUCGUUUCACCGCGUUUGAUUUUUUUGCCCCCCUCCCUCCCCCCACAUGCUGCGUGGACAGUAGAGGCGAGCAGAGGAAGGGGAGCACCCCGCGGAUCCCUGGGAAGCUAAAAACGGGGGUCCACCGCUGGCGCUACAGGCAUCUCAUCUCACGGAUGGUAAUAAAAGGACAUCCUGAUGAAGACAGCUCUGGACUGAUGGAUGAGGAUGGAAAAGCAGCUUUAACCCCCUCCACCCAGCGACUGUGAAAUAAAGGGGGGGAAUCCUAUUGUGAUUUUUUUAAUUGUUAAUCAUUUAUAGUGUAGCCCUGAGGAAACGAGCCUUAGACAGCAAUGUUGAAUCACUGGUGUUAGUAAAUUAUUCAUUAGGAGUAUAGGUAGGCUAUGAUUUUUGUAUUGCUUCAAUGUAGCAUUCCCAUUAUUCUUUCCCCCCCACUAUGUGUAGUCUUGUAAGAUCACACACAUAUGUGCAGGUCUGGUUUUAUCGUGUGCUUAUGUAGGCCCUUUUAACAGCCAAGAAACAGCCAAAGCGAGGGAAACAUUAGCUUUCGUGUAGAAGAGAAGAUAUUAUCUGAAUAGUCAGGUGUGUCGAGCUGUGCGGGGGCUUUUACAUCUUUUACAUCUUUUUUAAAUAUAUAUAUAUAUAUAUGAGAGUGUAAAGAAGAAGCGGGACGGGGGUGUAAAAAAUAUCUAAGAAGAAGGAGAGGGGAGAAAAAAACGACCAAACAUGUUGCCUUCCCAAGAAGCCUCCAAGAUCUACCAUGACAAUUAUAUGCGCAACUCCCGAGCCAUCGGGGUGCUGUGGGCCAUCUUCACCAUCUGCUUCGCCAUCGUCAAUGUGGUGGUGUUCAUCCAGCCCUACUGGAUCGGCGACAGCGUCAACACGCCGCAGGCCGGCUACUUCGGCCUCUUCCACUACUGCGUGGGUACCGGGCCGUCGCCCAGCCGGGAGCUCACCUGCGUGGGCAGCUUCUCCGACUUCAGCUCCAUCCCGUCCGGAGCCUUCAAGGCGGCCUCAGUGUUCGUGCUGCUGUCCAUGGUGCUGAUCCUCAGCUGCAUCGCCUGCAUGGCGCUCUUCUUCUUCUGCAACACCUCCACCGUUUACAAGACCUGCGCCUGGAUGCAGCUGCUGUGCGGAGUGUGCCUCGUGCUGGGUUGCAUGAUCUUCCCCGAUGGAUGGGACGCCGAGGUGAUCCGUGACAUGUGCGGGGAGCAGACAGGAAAAUACUCCCUGGGCGACUGCUCUGUACGCUGGGCUUACAUGCUGGCCAUCAUGGGAAUCCUGGAUGCCCUCAUUCUCUCCUUCUUGGCCUUUGUCCUGGGCAACCGGCAGACGGAUUUCUAUCUUGAUGAUCUGCAAACAGACAACAAGGAUUUUGCAGUGUCAAGGAUUGAGGUGCGGGACAGAAGAGAGCCACGAUACGGAGUACAGCGUCUUCACUGAGGGCACUGGACAACUUCUCUUUCUCUGUUCUUCUCUUUCUGCCCUUCUCUUCUUCUCUUCUCUUGUCUCUCCUCUCCAAUGAUCAGGAUAUCACCCAAUCUCAAUGCAGACACCAAGUGUACAGGAUUCUGUAAGAUAAAAAACAACAACAACAACAACAACCAACCACACUGGGAUAAACUAUAUUUUGGAAAAAAAAAUUAUACAAGGUUGUACAGUGCAUUUAACACUUUCUCAAUGAAUACCUUUAUGAUGUAAAAAAGAAGAAAAAAAAGAAAAAAAAACUUUACUGUAUUUAAAGUCUUGAUUUUUUGGUGAAAAGUUCAAUCCUUAAGAUGAAGAACCAUAAUGCCCAUUUAUGAUUUUACUGUGGUUAAUUUGACUUAUUGCUAUUUACCAAUGUUGAGUUUGUGUGUUGUGUCCAUUCAUAGCUUUCAGAGAGCAGAUUCUCAAUACUCCUCAAACACUGGUAGAGUGGAGACUCGCAAUAUGGCAGCAAGUCCAUUAUUAAAUAUUUAAAACACUUCAACAGGGACUCGUAUGGCUCUUCAUCUAAGGACUUUAAAAUGUGAGAAAUUUAAAGGAGUACCCCAUUGCAGCUUUACAGAACCUAACAUCUCUGGGAGAUUCUCUACUGUACAUACUUAACGAUGUAUAUAACAUUACUGCUGACAACAACAGCCGACAACAAAACCUCAUCUAACUCUAAUGCAUUUGCGUAUAGUAUUUCUACCUUUGGUUUCAGUGUUCCUCGUGCUGGAAGAGCAUCAGAGUAUGUGCAAAUUCAUUGUGUUUCUUUGACUCCUCCCUUCUGAAGCUACAGAUGGGCUUAAAAAACGGAUUCCUGAGCUAAACAUUCACCAGAGAAGCAGAGCAACGUGAAUCAAAGUGAUCAUGUAUGGUCACUUUGAUUUCUUUUUUAAUGGCACAGGAAAUGAGACACAUCCCUUGCAUUAGCAUGGCCUCAACAGAAGCCCCUUGUUGUAGUAUGUCCCCAUUGAGUAUGGUGUACAUUUUAAGCUGUUUAACUUAACAGCAGCUGUCUAUUCAGAGUUAAUCUUUUUUUUUUU